AUUCCGUCCAUUUCUAGUUUUCACCUCCAAUUGUUGGGAUUUUUCUUUUUUCUUUUUCCAGAUAGCUUUACAUAGCUAAAUGCUUGAAAAAAAAUUUGCGGCAUAAAUAUGUUACAGCUGAUUAAGUCUCUCAUGCCGCCCAUUGCGCGCUCAAAAACUUAUUAUAUCAGAACAGAUUCGAGCAAUUAUGUUUGAUAUCAGGAGAAAAACAAUGCCAUACGCAAUGGUGGACGUACUCCAUUGCCCUUCUUGAUCAAGACUUCUUCGAGCGCAUUUCUUAGGAGUUGUAACACUCUCGAUUGCCGCUUCCCUCUAGGCCAUGUUUAUGGGCUGCUCAUGCCAUGUAUACAGAAUGCGGCAAAUCCUCUCGUUUGUUUAUUUCUCCAGCUUCUGUUUCUAUCUGUUGUUUUCUUCUUCUUUUCCAGCUUCAUUAUAUCCUACGGAGUGGUGCAUAUUCUACUGGAACAUAGUAUAGCAACUCUUGAAGGGUCAACGGACCGAACUGCUACAUUCCAAUUUAUACUCUUUCAAGACUACUUGAAGCAUCCAUAUCAACUUCUCUUGCAGCUAACUCCUCCGUUGGAACCUCUUUGCUACAAACAUGCAGUCAUUUGUAUUGCUGUUUUUUGGCCUGGUAUCAGCGCAGCAGGCAACGGCUGAAUUCAACUUCUACGCCAAAUAUGAAGAAGCCUCGGUGACUACAACGCUCGGGAUACCAGACCAAUGUUUAUCAGCUCUGAACCAAACCGUCGAUUGUGACGCUGUUAAUGUCGCUCGGGCUGCCAGUGGUGCCGAUGAUGAUUUCUGGUUUAAGGAUAACGUAACUUCGUUAUGUACCGCGGAAUGCUCGAGCGCGCUGUCAACAUGGCUCUCCGACGUGGAGACUCAAUGUGCUGGUCAUCAAAUAAAUACUGACGGUCGUUUCAUUGAACCAUAUACAAUCCCAUUGAGGUACAUUGCUGGCUUCGAUAUGGCUUGCUUGCAGGAUAGCUUUAAUAAUUGGUGUUACCUGGAAUCUCAAGGCUGGGAAAGCGUUGGAAAUUCUAAAUGGGGUUCCGACCUAUGCUAUGGCGAUGAUCCUCCGCCUCAGUGCGACGACCAAGUCCUUAUGAUCGCGGACGCCACCGCUGAUCCAGAUAGGAUGUCUGUGACCAAUAUGUAUAGCAAGGAUUUGUUUUGCAGUGAAUGUUUUAUACUAAUGUGGAGGCAACGACUGCUUUCGCCUGUUUUGUCCUCCGCAAAACUUGCAGAGUACCUGGUUGACCAGUUCAAUAAGAUUAACUCUGCCUGCUCAGACUUGCCUGGUGCAGCGCCUGCAGUUUUCGGAACAAAUGAAGAACCUACGCCUAAUGAAAAAAGAGCACAUGGAGUCUAUAACGAGGCUGCCACCCCAGCUGUUCCCGUCCAUCCAGGGGCCAUUGGAGACUGUGGCCAAUACUACCACGUGGCUACAGGCGAUACUUGCGGAUCGAUUGCGUCGAACUUGGGGAUUUCCAUCUAUGACAUCAAGCGUUUCAAUACAGAGCUGGAUAGGACAUGCUCCAACCUGUUGGCAGAUCAUGUUAUUUGUAUCGCUCCGAUUGAAAACGAACCAAUUUCUACAGAUGGCAAUUGUGGAGUGGGAUAUGGGACCGUAUGUGAGGGGUCGGAAUUUGGCUCAUGCUGCCAUUCGAAUAAUCGCUGUGGGCCUUGCAAUAUGGGUGAUACAGGUCCAGAAGACGCUUCUCCUAUUGAUACUACGCCCGAUUACCUAGCUCCUGACGAUUCUGCUCCCGGCAUCACUGACCCCGCUGAUCCUUCAACCCCUAUUCCGGCGCCAGACGACUCUAUGCCCAGCAGCACGACUUCCAGCAUCACUUCCAGCAUCACCCCUCCGAGUGAUAGUGCUCAGGAUGACUCUGCUACUGGUGACCCAACUUCCGCCAAACCUUCCCAACCAACCGAAACAGGACGUCCCGGAAAUACCACUAUGAGCAUUAGCAUAGAUGGGAAAUGCUCUCUGAAUGUCUCAUGCACAGGAUCCGGUUAUGGUUCUUGUUGUAGCACUAGCGGGUAUUGUGGAACUGGAUAUGAAUGGUGUGGUGUCGGAAAUUGUCUGGCUGGUGCCUGUGAGCAAGAUAAAUCAGGGAUAAGCUUUGAUGGAACUUGUGGCCCACGUUCCCCAGAAAAUAGGACUUGUUUUGGCUCAAGAUUUGGUGAUUGUUGCAGUUUAUCGGGAUAUUGCGGUACAGGGCCUGAGUGGUGUGGAUAUGGGAAUUGCCACUCAGGCGCCUGUGAUAGAUCACUGAACGGUGUAAGCACAGAUGGAACUUGUGGUCCCAAAUUCCCUGGUAAUAUGACAUGUAUGGGCAGCUCUUAUGGAGAGUGUUGCUCAACACAAGGAUUCUGUGGGUCUUCGUCACGACAUUGUGGCGCUGCAUCCUGCUAUUCUGGAAAAUGUGAAGACAGUAACAAAGAUGAAGAUGAUAAGGUCCAAGACGAUCCGGAGCAGGACGAUGCAGGCGGGGAGGAUAAGCUCGAGGAAGAUAAAGACUUCGAAGAUAGGGAUGAAGACGCGGAUGCUGUUGAGGAUUAAAAUCAUAGGGAUGCACAGAAGGUUCCGUUUUGAGAAUAUUGACACUCAUUAUUGACUGCGCAAAAUAUCCACAGGGCGUAUUGUUACCUGAUGAAGGCCAUGGAUGGUGAGAUGGGACGGCUUGACUGUUACCGGUAGCACCCUGCAUAUGGAUCCGGAGAUGGAUUGAAGCAAGGGAAUAUAUCUUGUUAGAAUACACUUCAUAACAUUCUUUUGCUGAGAAUUCAACAUCGCCUUUUUUGCCCUUAGGAUUUUUGAUGUCCACGGUCCAUGGUUCGUUGGAAACAGGCCCCACUAGCUUAAUUUCCCCACGUUUUAGUGUGGGGCGUAAACGGAUAGGGCUGAGUACUCCCGUAGUUAGCCAAUCAAAAACCGCAACAGAGCAACAUCAACUCAAUUUCGGUUAACGCCAAGCUGCAUCACAAACGAACUGUGAUGAAGGGAAUAGGGAAGAUGGGGAGAUGGACAAGGGAGAACGGCU